UGGAAAAGCAUGUUCUUGUAGGUCUUACUCUUAAUCGAAAGAAGUUAUAAGACAACUGGGUGACAACUGGUUACCUGAGAAGUAGUCAAUUACAGCGAAAAAUUGAAAGACACUACUUUAUUGUGGAUUUAAAAAACAAAACAGAGGAGAUAUUCACCAAUAUCACAAAUACUCAACAGACACAAUGGCGAUCUCAACAGCCACACUACCUCAAAACGUAUGCCCUAACUUUACUUUUUUUGACGUCAACUUUAAAGAAUACAUAACUGCAGCUGAAGAAGAAAGCAAACGAUUGAAAUACUGCGUGUUUGUUAAAUCUCCACGGUGUAAUACCUCUGGCUUUAUUCAAACUGCAAACUAUUCACUUUUGAGUUUUUUGUCUAGUUUGGAUGUAGAGGCCGAGUGCGAAACUUGGAUUUUUGAGAUGAUUCUUUAUUGUGCUGUUUUGGUGCUGUGUGUAGCUGUAAUGGCAUGUAAUGCAGUAAACAUCAUUUUGUUACUUAGAUUUAAACAGUUAAGGACUGUUACAACAUGGACUUUAUUUAGCCUAGCAUGGGCCGAUAUGCUGUCAGGAUUAAGUCUAUGCUAUGUUGCAGUCACUAAUAUUGUUAUAACUAAAGCGAAAAUGGAUUCAAAUUAUGCCAACCUUGAAUGGGUGGUUGCAAUUAAGAGUCAGGAGGUGCUGUGUUUGUUAUUUUAUGGGCCGGGACUACUUUUCAUGGCCCUGGGGGCUUCCAACUUUUCUCUCCUUUUAAUCGCACUGGAGAAAUACAUCGCAAUAUUCCAUCCAUAUACCUACCCGACCCUGGUCACAUGGCCUAGUGUCAUCAUCGCAACAAUAAGCAUCUGGAUAUUUGCGGGUUUACUUGGAUUGGCCCCAUUAAUGGGGUGGAAUUCAUUCGAUAGAAUAUGUGCAUUCGCGGAGGUGAGUAGCUACAGCUAUACAAUUGUAUGGAGCACUCUAUGCUUCCUAAGUGCAGUUGUCAUCGCUUUGUUAUAUGCCUGUAUAUUUGUGAAAGCGAGGCGCAUCGCUCUGCAGAUUGAAACAAGACUAUCGAUCGGGUCAGAAAUUGCCUUGAAUAAUACAUCAACUAGUUCAGAAAUACAGCAACAAAGGGUGCAGACUCAGCGUCCAAAUUCUGUUGAAAUCGCAUCAACUUUGAGGGAUCGUGCUACGUCCACAAAUUCUAAUCAUCCACAUCAUAAAUAUAGACCAACCAUGAAGAUGAUCAAAACUAUUGCUUUGCUACUGACAUCAUUCUAUGUGUGUUGGAUACCGUUUCUAUUGUAUUUACUUAUCAUGGCAGAGAGGUACUCAAAUACGGCCAUUUUCUUUCUCCUUAUAUGGGCAGAGAUAAACGGAUUGUUCAAUCCAUUAGUAUAUGGCUUAAGACACAGGGAGUCCCAGAAGGCAUUCAAAGAUCUGUGUUGUAUGGCAUGUAAGAAGUGUGAAAAAUUCUGAAUAGAUUUCAGGUAAUUUAGUUGUAAAAUAUGCUCUUCCACAUUUUAAUGUUUAUAUUGGUCAUUUGGAAGGCAAGAGGCUGACAGUGAUCUCUUAUCUUGAAAGCAACUGAAGUUUUUUGUGAAAAUUUAAAACUCAUCAGUUUGAACCGAAAUGAGGUGAAAUAUAGGUGUGUCAUUAAAUUAAUAACACAGGCUCAUAAAGGCUAAAUGUGUACAAUGA